AUGGAAUCGUCGAAGAAACUCCCGUUUCCAGACCAGAUUCUGUCUUCGAGAGGAAGAAACGUCGUAACCAGAUUCAGUCUUGGAAUCGCUGCUUCUCUCGCCGUUCUUCUCACGCUUCUCUCUCUUACUAACUCUUCCUUCAGUGUUCCCUUCGUCUCUCCUCUGCUUCAAGGUCUCAAGAGCUCCAAUCUAAACAACACCUCUUCUGUCACGCAAGUCGACGAGAAGCCAGAAGUAGUAAAUCUCACCGGCCAAGUUCCAGAUGUCAAAGUUCCAAGCUUUGUUCCCACCGAACAAAGAUCUGGAGAAACAGGAGAUUCUGGUUCGAAGAAUGCAACUUCGUCUGGGGAAGGUAAAGUUUCAAGCUUUGAAUCCGGACAAAGAUCUGGAGAAACAGUUGAGACGAAUUCGAGUUUGGCUGCGAAUGACCAAAACACCCUCGAAGCAAAUGUUACAAUGAGCGUGGGCAAUAAUAGCUCGAGUUUGGUGUCUGAUUUUGUGCCUAGCUCUGAGGAAGUAGAUCGAAGCAGAGGUUCUUCUUCAUACGAGGAUUGUGAUAUCUACGAUGGAAAUUGGGUGAGAGCUGAUGAUGAUGAUGAGACAAUGCCGUAUUACCCACCUGGUUCGUGUCCGUAUAUAGACAGAGAUUUCAACUGUCACGCCAAUGGAAGACCUGAUGGUGCUUUUCUGAAAUGGAAAUGGCAACCAAAUAAGUGUGACAUUCCCAGGUUGAAUGGAACUGAUUAUCUGGAGAAGCUAAGAGGGAAGAAGCUAGUUUUCGUGGGGGAUUCUAUAAACCGGAACAUGUGGGAGUCUCUUGUUUGCAUCCUCCGACAUAGCGUCAAGAACAAGAAACGAGUGUAUGAGAUCUCAGGGAAAAGUGAGUUCAAGAAGAGAGGCGUUUACGCUUUCAGAUUCGAGGACUAUAACUGCACGGUGGAUUUCGUCGGCUCGCCGUUUUUAGUAAGGGAAUCGAGUUUCAAAGGCGAGAACGGGACGAAGUUAGAGACUUUACGUUUGGAUCUGAUGGACAAGACGACAUCGACGUAUAGAGAUGCUGAUAUUCUCAUCUUCAACACUGGUCAUUGGUGGACUCAUGACAAAAUAAAGCUAGGUGAAAACUAUUACCAAGAAGGUAAUGUUGUGUACCCUAGGCUCAAGGUUCUCGAAGCUUAUAAACGCGCACUCACCACUUGGUCGAAAUGGGUCGAUAAGAACAUUAACCGCGAUCAAACCCACGUCGUGUUUAGAGGCUACUCCGUUACACAUUUCAGGUGUUUCUUUUGCAGAGGAGGGCCAUGGAACUCAGGAGGAAAAUGCCAUAACGAAGCAGAACCGAUCUUCAACACGAGCUACUUGAAAAAGUAUCCUUCCAAGAUGAGAGCUGUCGAGAGCAUUCUCCAUGACACAAUGAAAACUCCGGUGAUAUACAUGAACAUAAGCCGGCUAACGGAUUUCAGAAAAGACGGUCAUCCGUCUGUAUACAGGAAGGUGUACAGGACGGAGAAGGAGAAGAGAGAGGCUGUGAGCCACCAAGAUUGUAGCCAUUGGUGCUUGCCCGGUGUACCGGACACAUGGAACCAACUCUUGUAUGUGUCAUUGUUAAAGGCAGGACUUGCGUCUAAGUGGUAG